AUGAAGUUCCUCGCCGCCUUUACGCUGCUCGUCGCCGCCGGCGUCACGGCCCAGGACAUGAACUGCGAGGCCGAGUACAUCGUCUCCCGCUGCCUCAAGACCGAGACCGACAAGGUCACCGCCUGCGACCAGACCGACUUCAACUGUCUCUGCGCCGCCUACCAGGCCGUCGCCACCUGCUACAACAACUGUCCCAACGACACCCGCGGCCCGUCCGCGGUCGCCAACGUCACCGCCUACUGCCGCAACGUCACCACCACGGCCGCCUCGUCCCGCGCCACCGCCGCUCCCACCGCGUCGUCCAGCAUCGCCACCAAAUUGGACGGCGCGCCGCCUACGAGCGCCGCCGGCUUCGUCUCCGGUAGUGCCACCCCCACCAGCGGCUCGUCGGCCGCCAGCGUGGUCGGCAGGGCGGCUGGUGGCGCCAGCGUCGUCAUUGUCGCCGGCAUCGUUGGUGUUUUGUCCUGGCUUUGA